UUUUCACUUGUGUGAUAAUGAUAAUUAUGCUCUUCGAGGACAGGAAGUGUAUAGCCCAGUAAACAAGCUUGAUACUAUGUACAGUGUUGUCACUGGGAAUUUUCCAGAUGUCUGGAAGCCAGGCAAAAAUAUUUGCAUAGAGGAGGGAUAAUUCCAUUCAGAGGAAAAGUGCACUUCAAAGUGUACAAUCCAGACAAGUCAGAUAAGUAUGGUGUUAAGUCAUACCAGUUGUGUGACUCAAGUAAUGGGUAUCAUUGUAGGUUUGAAAUUUACACUUGUGUAAACCCAGAACCACCCAGUACUAAAGGCAAAAACAUAUGACUUAGUCAUGAGGCUCAUGCAACCUUAUUUGAAUAUGGACAGGUGUUUGUAUGUUGAUAACUACUACACAUCACCUCCUUUACUUGCUGAGCUCUACAGGCAGAACACUGGGGCCUGUGGAACAGCCCACUACAGGAAAGGCAUUCCCCAGAAAUUUAAAAGGGCACAAGUGAAAAAAAAGGUGACAAGUUUCUUAUGGACAAUGGAACUUUGCUGGCAGUUAAAUUUAAGGACCAUAGCGUUUUCCAGAUGCUGUCAUCAGUUCAUUCUGUUGCAGACGUAGAAGUUGGCCAAAAUCACCCUAGAACUGGGCUCCAAAUCGCUAAACCUGAGAUUAUCCAUGACUACAACAAGUUCAAGGGGGCAGUUGACAGGUGUGAUCAGAUGGUGGCCUAUUCUUGCCUCAGGCGAAACACCAUGAAAUGGUGGAAGAAAGUGUUCUUCCACCUGUUUUCCUUAAGCAUCCUGAAUGCUUCCAUCCUGUACAAGCAAAGAACCCAUUCACGGCUGCAAAGGACCUUUUAAAAGGAGCUUGCUAAGAACUCUGGCAUCUCCCAUUCUCUCACUCCGAGAGGCUACCCAAGGAGGUCAGCCGAAGGCUCCACCCAUCUUCAAGUUGGAGGUCACUUCCCAGAGAAAAUACUGGGCACCAGGAAGAAGUCCAACAUCACCCAGGCAUGUGGGGUUUGCUUUCCUGUCCAAAAGAAGAUUCUAAAAAGGACAGGAGAUAAAAGGAAGAGGCCAGGAAAAGAGUCUAGCUUUCAGUGCAGUGUUUGUAAAGUAGCACUCUGUAUGCAAGACUGCUUCCAGUUGUACCACACUGUUGAGGACUAUGUUGCUGCCUACAUUCGAGGACAUGAAGCCAAUAUUGGCAAUGUGGAUGCUGAAACUAAUUGA